AUGCCCCGCACAUAUGGCAAAGCGAAACAGACCCGGCUUUCCUUCGCGCCGAUAGCCUUACCGACCGAUGACGAUGAGAAUGACGAAAUGGCUCGCCAGGCGACUCUGAAAUAUGGACAUCCGUCUAGGCCUACGGUUCCGGCUACGCGCCCGAAACCGAAUAUGGGUCCUGGCUGGAAGGGUUCUCCUGAUCCGUUUGUCGAUGAUAAGUCUACAGAGAACGGUGAGGUUCCUACGGAAGAGGGAUCUCGGAAAUUUCGGCGCAAGAAGGACAAGAAGAAGGAUAAGAAGGCGGGGAAGGAGAAAGAUGAAAUUAAGGUGAAGGACAGGAGCGAGAAGAACGAGAAAAAGGAGAAGAAAAAAGACAAGAAGAAGAAGAGAAAAGAGAAGGAGAAGAAGAGCCGCAAUCCUACUCCGCCCCCAAGUGCAACCCCCGAAGUUAUACCCCCGGCCGAAGAAAGCAGCGACAGUGACCUGGAGAUACAAUCAAGCGUGCGCAAAAACAGAGCCGUCAAGCGGAAAAGGUCGCCUUCGCCGGAAGAAUCGAACGCUAAAUCUCCGACCCGUGCAGACCCUUCGGCACAGGAAGAGAAUGAUGAAGAUGUGGUGGCGCGGCCUCGUCGGAAGUUGCGAAGAGGUCCAGCUCAGUUCGCAACAAUCGUUCUUGAUGAUAGCUCGGACGAGUCGGAUGCGCCGAUUGCUUCGUCCCCGGUGAAACGGGGUCGCCGCAACAUGAGUGUGGAAGAACCUCAAACCCCGCGUCGCAACAAGAACCAAGAUCAACUUGAUCUAGAGGAGGAUUUGGAGGACCUUCAGGAUUCAGUUGUCAAACAAUCUCGUACUCGAGGCAGGCUCGCAAACUCGGCUAGGGCACAAAGACAAAAACAUCUGGAAACACUUCGUCGACGUAGAGCCGGUCAGACGGAAACAGAUGAAGAGCAAUCGGAAUCGAAGCCAGACGAAACGGACUCAUCAGAAGAUGACUCGAGCGAAGCCGAAGACGAAGAGGAGGAAGCUAUUCGACAACCCCGAAUCCCUUUCGCUCGAGAAGACAGCGACGUCGAGUCCGAGAUUGCCAGCAAUGAGGACCUCGAUCGGUACGACAAAGACUUUGUUCUCGACGAUGAGGACGACAAACUCGGUGUCCCCGCCGGUCUCGAGGAAAUGCCCAUCGAGUUCUCUCGACACUCUUACAAGCAAUUGAAAGACUACUUCCAAGACGCGGUGGAGUGGAUGGUGCUGAACCAACUAUUCCCCGCAUUCCCUCGCUCCAGCCCCAUUUACAAAGUCGCGUUUGAUAAAUUGGAGGACGAGGUCAAGGGUCGUACCGGCUCCCAACUCAUCUCUUCUGUCUGGACCGCCGACUUCUGCCGAGCCCUCAUGGCGCGGCCGCACCUCGAAGAAACUACCUUCCCUAUCAGCGAGGACCAUCCCUGCGACGCAUGCAAACGAUCCGGCCAUCCAGCAUCCGCGGAUCUCAAAUUCUACGGCAAAGCGUAUUCCCUCGAUACUUUAGAGCCGCUCUCAGAUCCCGACGAGGAGCAAUCGGACGACGACGACAACGACGACGAAGAAGACGACGGUCUAGAACGAGACAGAGACGGCCACGUCCUACCAGACGAAAACACCCGCUUCUAUCUCGGAAGACACUGCAAAGGCCGAGCCACAAUGGCCCACACGCUCACGCACUGGCGCUUCCACCUCAACGAAUGGGUCGUCGACCACCUCGCGCGUAUGGGCCACGUCUCCGACGAAAAAGUCCUCGAACGCAGCCACUGGAGCCAGAAACGCAAUGCCAAAUACGCCGGCGAAGCGUUCCGUGAUAUGGUCGAGGGCGGCGAGGUCAAGAAGCUCUGGCGGGACUUUCAUAUCAAUUUGAGGACGGCGAGAGAAUCUACGACUCUUGGAUGA